AAUUCAACUCCAAAUGGCUUCCGUGGCUCUUCGAAACCAUAGCUCGAAACGGCUUCUUCCCUUUUCUUCUCAGAUCUUUCUACGAUGCGGAGGUUCCAUUCCUUCUUCUUACUCGAUCUCACAUUUCGACGGAGGAGAUGAUCGCUGCUCCCCAAGUUACGCGACCGCGUGGUGGAGAUCGAUGGCGACUUUCAACCGAACAAAACCUCAUGUAAAUGUUGGAACAAUUGGACACGUUGAUCAUGGGAAGACCACUUUAACUGCUGCGAUCACAAAGGUGUUGGCUGAGGAAGGUCAAGCGAAGGCUGUUGCGUUUGAUGAAAUUGAUAAAGCUCCUGAAGAGAAGAAGAGAGGAAUUACAAUUGCAACGGCUCAUGUGGAGUACGAGACUGCUAAGCGUCAUUAUGCUCAUGUGGACUGCCCUGGGCACGCAGAUUAUGUUAAGAAUAUGAUUACUGGGGCGGCACAAAUGGAUGGCGGAAUUCUCGUGGUUUCAGCACCAGAUGGACCUAUGCCUCAAACUAAGGAGCACAUUCUGCUUGCACGUCAGGUCGGUGUUCCAUCACUUGUGUGCUUCCUGAAUAAAGUUGACGCUGUUGAUGAUGAAGAGUUAUUAGAGCUUGUAGAGAUGGAGCUACGUGAACUUCUCAGCUUCUACAAGUUUCCUGGGGAUGAGAUUCCCAUCGUCCGGGGAUCUGCUCUGUCUGCAUUGCAGGGUACAAACGAUGAAAUUGGACGGAAAGCCAUAUUGAAGCUAAUGGAAGCUGUAGAUGAAUAUAUACCUGAUCCUGUUCGCGUUCUUGAUAAAGCUUUCCUGAUGCCAGUUGAAGAUGUUUUCUCGAUUCAGGGACGUGGAACUGUUGCAACCGGCCGUAUUGAACAGGGAACUAUCAAAAUAGGUGAAGAAGUGGAAAUAUUGGGGCUAACUUCGGGACCUCCUCUGAAAUCCACAGUAACUGGCGUUGAGAUGUUCAAGAAAAUUUUAGAUAAUGGACAGGCUGGUGAUAAUGUAGGACUUUUGUUGCGUGGACUAAAGAGAGAAGACAUCCAGCGAGGAAUGGUUAUUGCCAAGCCAGGUUCUUGCAAGACCGCAAAGAAGUUUGAGGCGGAGAUUUACGUGCUCACAAAAGACGAAGGUGGACGUCAUACCGCUUUUUUCUCUAACUACAGGCCUCAGUUUUAUCUGAGGACCGCCGAUGUCACGGGAAAAGUAGAAUUGCCUGAAAAUGUGAAGAUGGUUAUGCCCGGUGACAAUGUCACUGCAGUUUUCGAGCUAAUCCUUCCUAUCCCACUUGAGCCAGGUCAAAGAUUUGCUCUAAGGGAAGGAGGUAGAACAGUUGGAGCCGGUGUGGUAUCAAAAGUUAUGAGCUAAGUUAGGUUCCAUGUUCUUCAAGAAAACACAUCAUUGUCCGUCUGUUCUCGAGUAACUUAAGAUUCAUCUCUCAUGAAAUUGCACUUUGAGAUUCAAGUUAAUAUCAAAU